AACCAGCCGGACUGAAACACGACGUGGAUACAGUAGCCUGAAUUCUGCAUAGCUGGCUCUCCUCCAUAAACCGCUGGUGCUGAUGUUGGGAAGAAAGGGAGGAGGAGGAGGGGGAGGUGGUGGUGGUGGUGAAGGAGGCUCCGCGCCAGACUGCCCUGCUCCAACAUUUGAUGAGUCAAGUUUGCCAGAGAAAGCCAAUUUCACACCGGAAGUACGAGCAUCGUGGAUUCAAAAUAAAAACCUAGAAAUGUCAGGCUUUGAAGACUUGAACAUGGCCAUCAACACGGACACCGACUUCCUCAAGUCCAACUUGGGUGAGGGCGGAGGAGGCGCGCCGCCAGCGGACUCCCACGAGACGGAGAAACUCCUGGCGCUGACCACCGAGCCCGGAGGGAACGGGAUGAAGAUGUCCACCUCCUUCACGGUCAACAUGGGCGGCGAUAAGGGUCUGGAGGCCGACCAGAACGGCCACAGCGUCGCCGUGAGGUCGGGCUCCGCCGGUCAGCUGGCCGCCGCCCCCCUCUCCCCGUCCAAGGUCAGCCUGAGCCGCUCCUCCACCGGGAACGCGACCGUGCAGGAGACCCCGAAGCCCAAGGACUACCUCAUCCUCGUCAUCAUGUCCUGCUUCUGCCCCGUCUGGCCCGUCGCAUUGUCCAUUGUCGCACUGGUGUACUCCAUCAUGUCCAGAAACAGUCUCCAGGUGGGGGAUAUUGACGGGGCAAGGAGGCUGGGUCGACUGGCUCGUCUGCUCAGUAUUGUCUCCAUCGUCCUGGGCAUUGUCAUAAUCAUAGUCUACGUCUCAGUUUCAGUCGUAAAGCACUGACAUGGAGGACCCGAGAGAAGAAAAUGAACCGUGAAAGCCUAACCACGGACGCAACAAGGGAAAAAAAUAAAAGCCCAUUCCAAAAAAACAAAAAUCUUAACUUAAUGUCAUAUGGUAAUUACAUCAUGACCACCCUCAGAAUGCAAAAAAUAGGUAACCCAUGAGAGUAGAAGCAAGUAUACAAACGAAAAAAUCAUUCAGAGAUGCAUGCAUUAGAAUCCAGUAACAUUUGCUUGACAAAAAUAAAACCUGAUGUAGAAUUGUUCAGGUUAAAACAGAGGAAAAAUAAAAUGCAGAUUUGUUUGUGGACAGAAGGACUCAUAAAUGUUUCUUUUUGGAAUAAUGGACUUCUUAAAAUGAAGAGGAUGACCUACUAUGAGGAGGGAGUGAACAAUUGACGUUUUCGUGUCUAGGAUGGGACUCCUUUGAAAAAUGGAUUCUGGGUUUUGGACGUCAAACUUUGGACAGCUGCAUAUAAUCCUCAUAUAUUCCUUACUGAAUCUCUUGCAUUCAAAGCAUAUACAGCUACAAAUAUAUUUGAAAUAUGGAUAUAUGAAUAUAUAUAUAUAUAUAUAUAGAUGUACAUUUUAUAAAAAAUGUUUGUAUGCCAAGUGGUGCUGGGUUUGUUAAGACUGUCACAAUGGCUUUGUCAGCACUUGGAUUAUCACCGGAAAUUCAAGGGUUUGUGAAAAGACACAUUUUUAAUUUUUGUUAUUUAUUAUAAUUUUUGAAACUAAAAAGAAAUUGAGACCAACUGCAUGCCUGAAUGUAUAUAACCAAACGUCUGCCUUCGUUUGACUGUUAUUAGUUGUCUCUUUUCAUAUAAAGGAGUCAGAGAGGCUAACAGGUUUGCACAUGAAAGAGUGAUUUGUGUACAUUAUGUGAGUCCAGCCACUGUAGAAUGUGUGAGGACUGUGAUCUAACACUCAAACACCCCCCUUUAUGUCCCAAAAAAUACCUUUGCCUUGCUCUGGCAGAGACUGAAACGCAUGCCAAAUCUCCCACCAUCCCUUGGUCCCUUCUUUUCUUUCACAUACUCUAAUUCUUUACCACAAAACCUGACUUAGUGGCUGCCAUCCUUCAGUUUUGUCUCUUCCUUAAACUCCAUUUUACAUACCUUGUACUACCUUUCUACACCAUAGCUCCCUAUUUUCCAUUACCAUUCUUACCCUGUUAUACGUUGACUGUUAAAUUUCAUUGUUUCACUGAAUGUUUUUUCUGCUCCUUGUGCUGGUAUGAAAUGUAUUUAUAUGGGAAAAUAUAUAUAUGCAAUAUGUACGCAUGCUAUGGGCCAAACAGGCUUACACACAUUUAUUUUUUUGUAAACGAACAGGCCUUUGAGUUUGAGUAACAACAAAUAGCAUUUAAAUAAUACUUCUUUUUAAUCCGUCACUUUAUCAGAGAGAAGUCACUCUAUUAAAUCCCCUGUGGCUAUGCAGGACUGUUGUAUUGACACAUUACAGGCUUAUGCUACAAGCACAGCUAACAUCACUGUAAGAUCAUUUAGCAUCAUUUACAUCCACAGCUUUUCUUUACGCAUUUAUGUUUUUGUUUUUUUAUCUUGUGCAAUUUAAAUCAGGAAUCGUUUGGACAAAGUCUCUUUAAAGUGGUAUAAAGCGAUUAGUUGAGUUCCAGUGGUUGUUUGUUUAAGGGCUCAUACAAGUGAAACAGGAAAAUCACACCAGCUAAUUACGACCGAUGAGGGAGGACAUUUAUCAGACUAUGCAGCUAUAAAGCGAUUCUUCCACGUCCUAAACUGAACAUCAUCAAUGUAAGGCUGAACAACUGCAAUCAUAUCAAGUAUAAACACCAUGUAGCACAAUGUUUUGUGCAAAAUGGGGUUUUAAUCGAUUUCACUCCAGUUGUACAUAAAAAUCACAAUGUUUAUCAGAACACCAGAAACAGCAAAAUCCAAAGAGUCCCCAUGUUUACCACCACGCUAAUGAAAAAAUAUUUACAUUACAUUGUUGCCAAAAUGGCGGUGUGUAAUUUCUGUAGAAGAUUAAGUUUCCAUCUCUGAAACUGGUGUCUAGCCUAUAAGCUCUGCUCUGUCAGUAAAACAGUUCAAAACUUCAUUCCAUUCCCAUAGAUUACUGUGCUUAUUUUUCCAGUAUACUGUAUGUUCCAGUUUUCAUCUUUGUGGUGUACAUUAAGCAUGUCUGGAAUAAAUGUUACCAUGCAUGGUCCAA